AUGUCCUCUAAGACCACCAAACUAGACACGGCUUCCUCAGAGAACUGGGAACAGAAGAAGCAGUGUAAUGUCUUGAAGAAACCGAGUGGCCUACCCUUCGUUAGCACUGUCUGUCACUUGGUUUCCACCAAAUAUACUUCCAUCACAAAGAGACACUCGUACAACAAAUCUUUGUGUACUGGAACAGAGAAAGGAGUGAAGACCAUUAAUGAAGUUGUGGUCAGCAGUGCACAGCCAGUUCUGAAUACCCUGGAACCUCAACCUGCAACAGUAAACUGCAAGGGUCUAGAGUCAGUGGAGGAGAAGCUGCCGAUACUUUGUCAAAACGCCGAUCAGAUUGUUUCAGAUGUAAAGGACUUCAUGAGGUUUUCCGAAGUGACGGGUGAAAAUGAUGCAGUGACCAACACAAUCAUAGGAGUGGUCGGCCUGACAAAAGAAGCCAUCCAGACCAAUAUGGAGACCCCCGAAUCAGCAGUGAUUAAUGCUUUUGCAGAAAGGCAUGGAAUGGCUUCUGCUCAGCAGCAGCAAGGUUACGAGAGUUACUGGGUGCGUUUGGGCUCCAUGAUGACCAAAUUCCAGCAAUGUGCUUUCCAGCAUUCCCAGAGCAAGUUGCUGAAAUAUUGCAUCAUUGCCUUGAUUCAUACAAUUACCCAACCCCUGAAGACCAUCUACCUGAUCCUACUGGUUAUUAUUGAACACUUUCCCGUCAACUUUCAGGAUAAGAUGCAACAAGUUUCCCAUACCACAGAAGUGCUCCAUGCUUCAGUCUCCACUCUUGAUUCCUUCCAAGAUCUGUCUAGACGAAUCCUCUCCCAAAUAUGGGAGAAAGUGAGCAGGGAGGAGGAACAUAUGAAUAAGCUGCUGGAGUAUGUGGUAUACAGUACACCUCUCUGUUGGUUUGUGGGACCCUUCAAUGCUUUAAUUGGUAGAACAUAA